GUCUUUGUUCUGUUAGGCCAAGCAAGCCAAGCUCUGUCAUAGACAGUCUCUAGACUUGGGGGCUCUUCAUACAGCUUCGACCCCAGACCUCAACGGCUGGUAACUAGAGUGAGCCAAAGCAUCCAAAUUAGGUCUUUUGCAGCGUUGUUGGCGUUUCCGUGCUUGCACGGGAAAUGUUUAGCUGUUAAGCGCGGGAGGAAUUGCUGAGGCGAGCCUGAGGGGCUGCGGCUGCCGCCCGUCCCCUCCCCUCAGCGCCUGGUUUCCCGCCUCAGCGGAGGAGGGAGGGUGGGGAUGGCCCAAGGGCCCUGCCGUCCUCCCUCCUCCGCCUCGCCGCUGAGGCGGGGCCGGGCCGGCUCCUCCUCUGGCAGUUGCGGGCGUGGCAGCGGCACAGGCGGUGCCUCCGCUCCGCGUCCAGCCCGCGGGAGCCCAGGGGCGAGCGUCCCGCUGCCCGCACCGCACCCCCCACCAUGUUCCAGCUCCUGCGAGGCUUCGUCUUGCCGGCGGCCGCCUGCGACGGGAGCAGGGAUGGCGACUCCCGGUACGCUAACCUCUUCAAGAAGCUGGACCUCAACGAAGAUGGGAGGGUGGAUAUCGCCGAGCUCCAGACGGGCCUCCGGGCCAUGGGCAUCCCCCUGGGAAAAGAGGCGGAGGAGAAAAUUUUUAAAGCUGGAGAUACUAACCAGGACGGACAGCUAGAUUUUGAAGAAUUUAUGCAGUAUCUUAAAGAUCAUGAGAAAAAGAUGAAACUAGCAUUUAAGAGCCUGGACAAAAACAAUGAUGGAAAAAUUGAACCAUCAGAAGUUGUCCAGUCCCUCAAGAUUUUGGGUAUAAGCAUUUCAGAAAAACAGGCAGAAAAGAUCCUGCAAAGUAUUGAUGCUGAUGGGACAAUGUCAGUAGACUGGAAUGAGUGGAGAGAUCAUUUUAUGUUUAACCCAGCUACAGACAUUGAGGAAAUAAUUCGAUAUUGGAAACAUUCCACUGUGUUGGAUAUAGGAGAUAGUUUGACUGUUCCAGAUGAGUUCACAGAGGAAGAGAAAAAGACUGGACAGUGGUGGAAACAGCUGUUGGCAGGAGGAGUGGCUGGUGCUGUCUCUCGAACAGGUACAGCACCAUUAGAUCGCCUUAAAGUGAUGAUGCAGGUUCAUGGUUCAAAAUCAAACAAAAUGAAUAUAGCCAGUGGUUUUAAGCAAAUGUUAAAAGAAGGUGGUGUUCGAUCCCUCUGGAGGGGAAAUGGUGUAAAUGUUGUGAAAAUAGCUCCUGAAACAGCUAUUAAGUUCUGGGCUUAUGAACAGUAUAAGAAGAUUCUCACUAAGGAUGAUGGGAAGUUAGGCACUAUUGAAAGAUUUGUAUCUGGUUCUUUGGCUGGAGCAACAGCACAAACUUCUAUUUAUCCCAUGGAGGUUUUAAAGACCAGAUUGGCUGUGGGUAAAACAGGGCAAUAUGCUGGGAUGUUUGACUGUGCUAAGAAGAUCUUAAAAAGAGAAGGUGUAAAGGCUUUCUACAAAGGCUAUAUUCCUAAUAUUCUGGGUAUAAUUCCUUAUGCUGGUAUUGACCUUGCUGUUUAUGAGCUGUUAAAGAGUACAUGGCUAGAACACUAUGCAUCAAGUUCCGCUAACCCAGGUGUUUUUGUCUUAUUGGGAUGUGGUACAGUUUCCAGCACAUGUGGGCAGUUAGCCAGUUACCCUCUUGCUCUCAUCAGAACACGCAUGCAGGCUCAAGCUUCAGUGGAAGGAGCUCCACAGCUAAACAUGAUUGGUCUCUUUCAAAGAAUUAUUGCUGCAGAGGGAAUCCAGGGACUUUACAGGGGAAUAGCCCCUAAUUUUAUGAAAGUGCUUCCGGCUGUCAGCAUCAGCUAUGUUGUGUAUGAAAAAAUGAAGCAGAAUUUGGGAAUAGCGUGAAAUGAAGGAAAAAGGUAGGAGAAGUUUAUGCUGCCUUGAUACUGAAUAUAUGAAAGGGACUUUUUGUUUUGUCAUGCUGCCUAUACUCAUGCAAUUCACAGGCAACAUUUUGCACGCUUAAAAGUUCACUUACUGUUAAUCUUUUUGAAGAUUUAAUGUUAAGUUUGUAAGAAAUAGGAUCUUAGAUACAGACAAGGGUGGAGUAACACAUUAAAAUGUAGCCCAUCACCGUUACCUUCAGGCUGACCAUUUUUUAAAUUUUAUUUUUAUUUAAAGAAUAAGAGCCUGAGAAACUGCUGUUCCGUGGUAUCAGAAUACCUCAAAUGGAUUUAUACAGUACUUUUGUAAUGCAAUCAGUGAUUUUUUUAUAACUUGCUUCACUGGAUUUCAUUGCACAAUUAACCGUGACAAGCUUUGGGUUACAGCUGCAUGUUUUAGGAACAGAAAAAUCUUGGUUGCUAGAUUCAUUCCGUACAAGUGCAAGUUAAUUUUAAAAAUGAGGUGGAGGAUCCAGUAUUAAGCUGAUUAUAAUACAGCCAGUAGUGGAGCUCAUCAUAGCUGCCUUAGAGAGAAAUGCUUCUCAUUUUGGACUCUCUAUUCUUUCCCUUACUCAGAGGGCUAGAGUCCACUAUGUGCUUUUAGCCAAUAGAGGGUUGCAUUAUUAUGUGAAGUUUUACAGGUUUGUCAUGUGAGAUAAAUUCUCUUUCCCUCACAGUAUUCUGUGCACGCUGGCUGUGUGUGUGAAAUUCAGAUAGUAAAAUACUGAAGCGUUUUGUCCAAGUGACCAAAUGGGACUGCUGAUCUCAGGUGCCCAUCAGAUUGAUGUUAAUGAAGCAAGCAAAGCAGGCACACAGACCUUGAUAGUGCUUGAGAAACAGCUUCUCCUCAAAAAACAAAGCAGCACUUCUGCCAUGCAAAAAGUUAGGUAUUUCCAUGUACAAGUACUUCCAAAGUGACUUCCUUGGCGGGCAACAGGGGGCACAGAGGUGGUGCCACAUUCCAGUUGCCUUCAGGCCUGAACACUGAAAUAGAGUGACAGUUAUUGCCAAGCUCAUUUGUUGGGCUUUUUCUGGUUCCUGCAAUGUGUGGUGUCUUAAUCUUUGUGAAUUUGAGAUUAUACUUAUUCUGGCCUUCUAAAAGAAACUGCUCUUCAACCACUUCCUGAGAUUGGAUUACUGAAAGAAGAACUUUUUUUUUUUUUUUUUUUUUUUUUUUUUUUUUUUUUUUUUUUA